UUGAGUCUUUUAUCAGAGAGAGAAAGAAAUCGUGAGUUUGAACUGUUCAUUUUUGCAUUUUAUUUCACGUUAAGUCAUCAUAAUCGAUUACCACACAUUUAACUACAGUCCAAGGUAGUGUGGAUCAACAGUUUCUAGGUUCUUGGUCGCCAGUCUUAAGAUGAAGCUAAGCCCCAAAAGUUAUGUAACAUAAGCAAACUAAGGACAAAUUCGGAGAGUCUUGCUAUUUCAAUAUAGUGAACAAGAGUAUAAGAGCAUUUCUGCACAAGGGAAUAAUACUAUCGAAUACAUUUUAAGCUAUAGUUUAAGCAGGGAACGGGUGGUUUACUGUCUGUUAUCAAAGUAAACUUCACGUAUCAAGAUGUCUCACAGAAACACAACGGUGGACUUCGUUGUGACUACGACUAAUAUAUUGGCUACAUCGUUUCUCAGAAGCAUGUAUAAUUGAUAGUGAAAACAAAUCGAGAUUUCUUAAAUCACCGGGGUGAAUAAUCAUCUUAUCAUUUCUUGGGGGCGAUAUAGUUAACACUAUUUCGUGAAAUCUACGCGGUAUAGACGCGAAAGUGAACGUUUGCUUUUAACUGAUCGAGUUAAUAGCCAGGCACCGACGGUGCCGACAUUUUUAAAUGAGCUCAAACACAAGGAACAGUGACUAGUUUAAUAAGAAACUGUUGAGCUUCGUUGGCUAAGACGGUUUAUUACGUCGAGUUGAAAAUCAAAUUUAGUGUUUCAAGGAUAAGCAAUAUCGUCUCGCGUAAGCAAUAUGGUGGUGUAGGUUGUUCCAUGGAGGCAGCCUCGGGUGUUUUCAGGGCGAAAUGGCAAUAGUUUAGCUGCUGAGGUAACUUUUACGGCUGCAUAUGAAAAAAUAAAAUGUCAUACUGUUGCGAUGGACUAAUUAUGUGCUUUACUAUAGAAAAAACGUUGUCCUUACAACCUCCACUUAUCAAUCGCCUUUGGAAUGGAAUGGACUCGACUAAAGGAAUGUUUAGGACUCGACUAAAGCUCGAAAUAAGCCCAUCAGAUAGUUGUCUUAAGGGUUUAAAUCAAAAUUUCCGACGAGCAUGUCCUUGGCAGUAGGACAAUUUCUGCUGCCUAAAAUAUUGAUCACUAGCUACGAUAAUACAAGACAAGUAACUUUUGCUUUCGUCUUUCGUAGCUGAGUUUACAUUAUACUGUCACAAUUCUUCAUUUGUUAGAAGUAGCCACGUAGAUUCUACAUUUUACUUUCAUUUUCCAUUUAAUUUUGCGUUCUUUACCUUAUAAAAUUGGAGUCCUUCAUUGUUGAUUCUGGGUUUCCAAGAAACUCAGGAAGCAACUGUUCGCUGUGUUUUAUAUUUCAGUUAUUAAUGUUAGCCAUUGAUUUCAAACUGAUUAAGAUCAUCAGACUGAAACUGUUCUUGAUACUUUCACACCAAGAAACUCAUGAAAACCAUCUUCCAUUAUCUAACAGUCGGUUUUAUAUUUUAAGUUAUUUUUGUUUAUCAUCCAUAUCUGAAUUUGACUUAAUAAUGCUUUCUCAAUUUUCAGCUGUUUUAUUUAUUUAUUUGUUCAAUUUAAUUACACAGACUGAAUCAAAAUAAUGCAUAUAAAAAUCAAAUGAAGAAAAACCUAGUAUAUAAAAGUGAUAUCUGCCUAAUAAGGACAGUUAAUAAUAAUAUAGAACACGAGGAAAAUGAAGAAAGCUAUUUAGAAGAAAAUUCAAAUCCUAAAUAUAAAUUCACAGAAAAACGUAUAUGCUAAAAAUAGUAAAAAAUUAUAAAAAUCUUUCCUUAUAAGGAAAGAUUUUUAUAAUUUUUUACUAUUGAACUAUGGAAUUGAACUUGUCAAUACAAAAUUCAUUAACUUUCUAACUAAACAAAGAUAACUGAUUAUUCUUAUUGCUACAGACAGGCCAUUCCAUAAAUCUACAAUACGACUAUAUAAAAACUAUUUACAUAACGCUCAAGUUGACUUGAUUUGAUUAAAAAUUCUAAUACUAUACGUUAAGGACUUGAAACUAACAUACAACUGGGACAAUUUAAAAAAGGAAAAAUCUAAAACUUCCCUUCUAAACUCGAGAGGCAAAAGACCGUAAUUUGACUAAACGUUUAGGCCAGCCUAAGUCAAAUAGGCUGAUUUAGCAACAGAACGGGAACGUCAGUUGACGAAGGGGCGUGCAAAUCAAACAACUGGCUUGAACAAUGGCAGAGUGGCAAUUUGGGACUGGAAGUCGAGUUUAGUCCUUUCCGUGCGUUUUCCCGUCGUCAACUGACGUUCCCGUUCUGUUGCUAAAUCAGUCUAAUAAUUUGGUUGCACGUCUUUGAACGUGCUCUAUGGUCAUGAUUUUUCAUUUUGUUAUUAAAGUGACCAGACUUGUGAAGCGUACUCUAAUUUUGUACGCACCAACGAUUUAUGGAGACAAUUAACAAAUAUUUUUUUUUAUCACAUUCACUGGUGCACGUUCUAUAUAAACAAAGCCAAGCACUUUAUUUGCUCUAACUGACGAUUAAAUCAAUAUGAUCAUUCAUUGAUAGCGUUUAGGAAAUGUGGACACCAAGAUCUUUCUCAAUUGUUACAUCUGUAAUUCGCGAUCUAGCCAGAUUGUAUGAUGUUUGCAGUAUACUCUUCUUCUUUGUAAUAACAAAGUGCUUACACUUUCUGAUGUUAAAGUUCAUGAAGUGAUCAGAACUCCAGCUAUUUAAGCUUGAUAGGUGACUCUGUAAUUGCCUUACAUCAGAAUAAUCAGUAAUAAAUCUAUAACAUUUCAUAUCAUCUCCAUUUAACUGAACAGUAGUCGUACAAGAGUCAGUAACACUUGGGGUAAUAUUAUAUGGAAGUAAAUCAUCGCAGUUAUAGACGCAACUUUUGCAGUUGCGAAAAGAAGGCCUGAAAAAAAAAAUCAGGCUUGUACGGGAUUCGAACCCUUGACCACUGCUAUACUGGUGCAACGCUCUAACCAAUUGAGCUAUCAAGCCAACUGGGAGCAGGUCGUUGAAUUGUUUCGUUAUAAACCCGUGAAAGGAUGAUGAUGAAGUUAUGAAUAUAUGAAAGUCAUAUAUGAGAACUGCGGGUUGAAGAAUUAUAUGAAAGUAGAUCAUCACAGUUACUGCUACUGAUCUACUUUCAUAUAAUUCUUCACUCCGCAGUUAACAUAUGACUUCCAUAUAUUCACGACUUCAUCAUCAUACUUUCACUGGUUUAUAGCGAACCAAUUCAACGACCUGCUCCCAGUUGGCUUUUUAGCCCAAUUGGUAAAGCGCUGCACCGGUAUUGCAGAGGUCGAGGGUUCGAAUCCCGUACAAGCCUGAAUUUUUUUCAGGCUUUCUUUUCGCAACUGCAAAAGUUGCGUAUAUAACUGCGAUGAUCUACUUUCAUAUAAUUCUGCACCCCGCAGUUCUCAUAUAUGACUUUCAUAUAUUCAUAACUUCACUUGGGGUAAUGUUUAUAUAGAUGUUAAACAACAGCGGUCCUAAAGUGGACCCUUACGGUGAAUCAGAUAAAACAGGUAGCCAAAUAGAUGACUGACCAUCGAUAACUGUCCUGUGCCAGCGAUCUGUCAAGUAACCUCGAUUCUAAACCAGGAGAGCGAAUUCCCUCUUACACCAACAGCAAACAAUCCCCUCAGUAAACAGUUUUUAAACAGUUUUUUGAGUCAAGUGCCUUGCUAUAAUCCAAAAAUACUGCAUCAAGCUGAUUUUUCUUAUCCAGUGAAUGGCAAAGUCCUGUGUAGAUCUAAGAAGACUGGUAACACACGAGCGUCCACUUACAAAACCAUCCUGUGAAUGGUAAAGAUUAGGCUGAAAAAAGGGAAAACACUUGAGAAAAUACAUUUUUCCAACACUUUAGAAACAACACUCAGUAAUGAUAUUCCUCUCUAGUUAUCCACGAUCUCUUUAUCACCAGACUUGAAAUUUGAAACAAGGAUUGUUAGAAGUACUCAUGCAGAUUCCACUUUGUUUUCUAUUAUUUCUUUCUUUCACAUACAAAAUUGAGCUCCUUCAUUCAAAUUUGGGAACUUACGCUUUCGAGGUUUUCAUCAGACUUUGGCUGUUCUUGAUGAAUAAAAAUAAUAAAAGCGGUUUUCAGCUGCUGUUAGAACUUCCCAAAUAGAUUCUUCUUUCCUGAUUUUUUGAAAAUUCAGGUCAUUUGAUUCUCUAUCCCGGGUUUCAGUAGAGACUCUGGAAAUCAUGUCUUUAUGUAACUGUCGGUUUUAUUAUUAAUAAGUAGUUAUGAAAGCCUAUGCUUUCUAGUUUUUUGUUUUAGCCUGGGUUCUCAAGAAACUCCUGAUAUUAAUCUAAUUAAUAUAUAUUUAAGUUAAUUCACACAAAAGUUUAUAUCAAGUUAAACCCAAAUACUGCGGUGACUCAAUUCGGCUUAGAUUUUAGGUUUUCUGACUGAUAGAGAUAACUGUUUAUAAAUUUGAACUUUUAAGGAUUUUUGAAUGCGCAUUUAAGAAGAAAAGAUAAGUUGUGGAAGGUUGCGAUGCAUUUAGAAUUGUGUUAAAGAGAAAAUUCUGCAGCUACGACUACCACACCAGAUUAAGUCGGACCAGUAGUCCCUUUCUUAAAAGUGCCGAUAACUUUUAUCGAGCAUGGAGGCAAACUUUCAAAUCAAAAACAACAAACUAGUAGUACCAGUCCUGGCUCACAAACCAGUGAUGUGUAAUAUAGUAAUUCAAUAAUUAGAAAAACAGGCUUCCAGUAGCGCCAUCGGCCAUAAAUUAUACCUCAUCUUGUCGAGAAAAUCAAAGGCUUUCCUCUGAAGGCAAAAUCUUUUCGAAAUAUUGCAACAUAUCAAAAAACUCUAGGGAGAAGGUUUCAUCAACCCCCCUCCACCCUUGUAAAACGGUAGCAUCGGGGUAUGAAUUGGCGUGUACGUCCGAGGGUUGAAAAUUAAAAUGAAGCGGGCCUCAAAGCCCCCAAGUCUGAGGUUUCCGAGAGAUAAUUUGUCUCAGUUCAGUCUUUGUCGUCCUCAUGGUGAGAAAUUUCAUACAGUAAGCAGCAGUAGGAAGAAGCGUAGCCGCGGAGUGGUCAGCGCUCUGGCCACUUGCUGAAUUUUUUCUCGGUCGUCCCGACUUCAAAUCCUCGGCCACGCUUGUAAGUACAAGCUGACUGGUUGCCUCCUACUAGUUGGGGAAUUUAAUCCUUACGUUGUGUUUGGGUUAUUUUGUUUCUAACUAUUUGUGGAGUGCAUGUAAAUUAGCUGGAUAGGCAAUCAAGGAAUUUUUUCUUCAACUCAACUUAUAUUGUGAUCUUUUUUAGAAACACCGGAUAACAAUAUCAGUUGGACCAUGUGGUUUUUCCUGUGUGCUAGGAUUGUCGUUCGAGCCGUGGUACUUGUCAUGAACAUUUGUGGAAUCCCAUUAUGUCUUGGCAGCUCCGCCAUGGCAGACACGAUUGCGAAAACCGAGGAAGCAAUGAGGGGAUCUUCAGCGUUUCAGGAGGCGGUACAAGUGUUCUUAGGGGUUUGGAGAGAUGCUGGAGACUCUAACAUGAAAAAGGCUCAAGCUAUCUUCAACCUCCUUUGGGCGACUAACGCCGCUGGAUUUCUGUGGAUGAUCAUCAAGUGUUUAUGCAGUAGCAUGGGAAAGUGGGCCUGGAUGAAAACAGCUGCCUUGGUGAGCGCCAUGAUCAUCGCAAGUUUUGGAUCAGGGGGAGUGGCGUUGAUAGCGAAGAUCGCUGUAGCAGUAACGGCUGCCACUGAAUUGGCCGCGGAUAUAAAUGAAGCGAUACAACUUUUAUAAAUCCAGCAACCUCCACAGAAGCCAAAAGCAGUAGACUAUUACGCAAUCUGUAAACCCAUUUUCUUAUUACCUUUUGAUAACGCUCCUUUUUCUCAGUAGGCCAGACUAGCACUAGACGCAAGUAAUCUUCAAUCCGGAUUUACCGCAAGCAAAUUGAAGUGAAAGCAAGCGGCUUAGAGGGCCGGGCUCCCUUCUAACAGAGGACACCUGAUAUUGGAACAACGGCAUUAUUAAUAGCGCAGUAAAAAUAAUAGACUUUUAUAUCGUAUUUUUCAGUGUUG